GAGGCGACCGUCGACACGUAUUUAGUAACGUCGAUUGCUUAAUUCACAUAAACGACAGCUUUUUGGGAGGGCUGGAAAUUAGUAAGUUCAAAGCUGUAUUGUCCGUUGCUCAAACGCAAUUUUAAUUUUUGCUUCUCAUCGCCACAUUGUCCGGUCUCUCUCUCUCUCUCUCUCUCUCUCCCCGUCGCCUCGCCUACUUCCUUCUCCACUCGAAUAUUCUUUACUUCGCGAGUUGGGUAAACUGGAAAACCAGAGUCACAGGGCGUAAAGUAAUGGCGUUUCCCCGGGAAUCCUUGUUUGGUUUCCUUCGGCGGGGAUGAACAGGUCCGAAUGUUUGAUUGAAAUUGUGAAGCAAACAGUUUUCUUUUCUAGAGUUUAGGGUUUAGCCAAUUGGAGGGAGAGAUCAAUUGAAGGGGAAGGAGGAAGGCGGGGAAGGGAUGUCUCUGCGGAUAAAGGUGGUGGUGGACAAAUUCGUGCAGGAGUUGAAAGAAGCACUGGACGCCGACAUUCAAGACCGUAUUAUGAAGGAGCGGGAGAUGCAGAGUUACAUCGAAGAGCGCGAGCGCGAGGUUGCGGAGCGUGAAGCUGCUUGGAAGGCCGAGCUUUCUCGCCGGGAGGCAGAAAUAGCAAGACAAGAAGCAAGGCUGAAGAUGGAGAAGGAGAAUCUUGAGAAAGAGAAAAGCGUGCUAAUGGGAACAGCAUCAAACCAAGAUAAUCAAGAUGGAGCCCUUGAAAUAACUGUGAGCGGGGAGAAAUAUCGUUGCCUGAGGUUCUCCAAGGCCAAAAAAUGAGGGAAGGAUGCUGUUUAAUGUCCAGGUCAGAUCAGGUCCCGUAGGAAUCCUUGCAGUGCAAGUAGCAUAUAGUUUUAUUUUAUGCCUUGGGCUCAAUUCGGACGCGCUGCCACUGUAAAUGUUGGGGGGUCUCUGGGUUAUUUGUUGCACUUGAUUCUCGUUCUACUGGAGAAUUGAAUAUCGGUGACAUCAUAUGUGAGACGAUUGCAUCUCAAGUGCUAAAAACUAAAAAGCAUGGUCCAUGAAACUGUACCAUACCGGCGGUUCAACCACGAAGUAUCAGUAUUGAAGGCUAAAUCGGUAGGUCGUAUAUAACGGUCUAACGGUUGAACUACGGUUAUAUCACGAUUUUAUCAUAGAAUAUUAUACCGCUGACUUUUUCGGUACGAUAUCCGGUAUGGUUUCAUGGAUCAUGGUUAAAAGUAGAACUCAACUUAGGGGUCGUUUGGAAGUUGUGAAUGCUAAAUCGCUGUAUUAUAAUGAAUCACUACAAUAUAAAUACAUGCAUUGAUUCAAUAGAUGCAUUUUGACAAUACAUUGUUUGGUUGUCGAGAUUUUAGUUUAUGUAUUGAUUUGCAUAAAGUUACUUUAUAGGGAAAUGUCACAUUUACCCUCACUUUUUAGUACAAAACAAAAAAUAUUGGUGAUAUAAAUGGAAAGAAAAAGUGGACACAAAUCUAAAAGGAACAAUCACAACAAUCUCAACUUUUAGUUGAGAUUGUAUAAUGCAUCAUUUUUCGUGAUUGUUGAUGGGGCCUACACAAAACAAUACAUGCAUUGUUUUAUUGACACUUCCAAACAUUGUAUUGUAUAUAAUACAUAUAUUUAACAAACACAACUCUAACAAUCACAACUUCCAAACGACCUCUUAGUUUGUAGGCUAGAAAGAGGACAGUAUAGUACAUUAUCAUCCAACCACAUCUUCACUAGCGGGAAAAUAAAAAAGAAGCUCCUGUCCCCACUGCAUCGCUAGCCGCCGCCCCCCCGACAUCAUCGUUCCUUGUUCCUUAGCACAAUAGAUCUCCAAUUGGCUUUUCAAAUGCUAUACUUUGCCACUAAAAAUAAUUGAAUAUAAACCGAUUAAAUGCAAUGAGUAGAUGUCGUUUAUAAGACCAACUUAACUAUGCUGAUUAAAUUUGUUUAAGUUUGAUUUGAAUGAUGAAUUUUUGGGGCAUCAAUAAUAUUGAGGUAUGUCUGUGUAUACUCCAUUGUUGUCCAACCGUCUCCAGCACGACAUCAUCUAAGGAGGGUCAACAUAAGUGUCUCUUGUCAAUACCAAUCAAGCAUGACAGUAGUGAGUAAGAACAACAACUAGAAGUGUCGCCUAGAGGUCAAGAGACACGGAUCCAAAAGGAGAUUUCUAGGCUUUGGGAGGGCCAUUGCUCUACUCCUAUCUCUUGUAUCUUUCCAUUUGAAUAAUAAUCUAUGUAGGAUGUUAGUAGUAUGUGUGUGUUUUCCUAGGUAAGUAUUUACUAGAACUUUCUAUUUGAAUCAUUAGUACUUAUUGUUCAAUUUUUACUUUUGUGGGCGUGACUUAUCUUUUAUUCUUAGUUCUUUUCUCGUGGACGUUUCUCAAAGAUCAAACCCACCUUACCUUUCAAUCCCACAAUCACUCGACUUCGACAAAUCGGUAAACUCGUUCCCAUAUCCUUUUUUUUUUGGGCAGAGCGUUCCUCUAUCCUUCACCCGUGCUCACAUUGGGCACAAUAUGUUCCUUAAGUGUGUGUGUUGGGAGGGGGGGGGGGGUUGUUGUGCAUAAAUGCUUGUGUGGAAUGUUGUUAUCGAACGUGCUCUCUUGUGCUAUGUAUGUGUGAAUGCUUGAACAAGGGAGAUAAAGUGUGCCUUUUAGAGUGAUUGUGGACUAUGAUUUAGAAUAAUUGGACCACUUGGAG